UCCAACUGUCCGCCGCCGGAUUUUUCUCGGCAUCGCAGCGCAAGAAGCGCCGCGCGGGGCUGCUGGAGAGGAUCGGCUCCAAAGCUGCCCACUCACACAUUAUCCAUGGUUCCAUAGCAAACUCAGUUCUCAUUUGCAACAGUCCCCCAAAAGAUGAGAUUUUGCGUUCCUGGUUAGAAUCUACGAAGUAAGAUUGCGAUGUCGGAAGGUCCCUCCAGGAUCACAGGUCCCAUUCCUCCGGAUCCUACCCUGUGUCCGGAUUAUUACAGACGCCCACUAUCAGCGCGAGGGAGGCUGGAAGGGAACUCCUUGAAGUUGGAUUUGCUUCCUGGCCCCAUCCCGCCAGAGUUCAGCCUCUAUCCCGGGUGCUACAGUGCUCGCUGCUCACCACCUCCACGGAUUAAGCCCAACGCCAGGGACAUCUUGGAGAAGGGACAAAAGGGCACCGUUGGAGUUCUCCUGAAGCUAGAUGAGAUCUCCUUCUUUGAGGAACUGAGGCCUAAACGCCGGGAUCACAAAGACCACGAAAAGGAGAACCUGAGGCGCAUGAGAGAGAUCCAGCGGAAGUGCCGAGAGAAAGAACAAGCCCGCCAGCUGAGCCAACCCAAGCCAGUGAAAGCCCUGUGGAAGUCCCAGAAGUAUGAAAAUGUGGAAUCCAAAGUCAAGGCAAAGUUGCAGGAGGGUCCCAGCCCGCCGCAUCCAGAAGCACAGAAGUACUUGAGAGCCUAUUCGCGCUGUGGCACAGGAAUUCGCCCACGCCCCUCGCCCUCCCCGAACCCUUUCCAGUCGCGCGAAAUGUAUUCAGGAGCGGCCCCGGUUCAGAAUGGGAACGGCAAGGUACCAGAGAACAGCAGCAAGGUGGAUUUUGUCAGCCACAACGCCCAAAACGCGAAACGCGCUUCCAUGCAACGGUCCCGCUCUCUGCAGUCCAUCAACAAAGCCCUGGAGCAGAAGCAGAAAGAUCUGGAAGAGUACAACACCAAGCAGAAAGGCCACGUGCCCCACUACCUGAUUGAGCGGAAGGACCACUGGCGCAAAGAAGCCGAGGAACGCCUGCGGAACGCACCUGAUCCUGACAUGCCACCUGGCCAUGCGAUGAUGCCCGAGAACCAGCGCCUGGAAACCCUCAAGAACCUCAAAGAGAGCCAAGAGAAGCUCUUGAAGGACCUCCUGUUGCUUCCCGUGAGAGUCGAUACUCUGAGUGUCCAAACCCGGCGUGUUUCUUUAGAGAAGAAGCUGUCCCAGAUCGAAGAGGCUCUCAAAAUCUUCUCCCGACCCAAAGUCUUCGUCAAGUUGGACUCCUAAGCACAGAGGCCAUUUUGCCUUUGGCCUUUCCAGCCUCUUCUGCUCAAGUCACAGGUGGAUUUGCUUCCUCCCAUGGGGGCUCCCACAGUGUAGGUUUGUCUUGUUGCGUUGUCCGUUGUUCUUGCUGUAAGCCCCGAUUCUUUUCGGCACGAGGAAGCAAAGCCGUGUGUCUUGUUCAGGCUUGGGAAACCAAAGCAAGCAGUAAGGGUGAAGACCUGGGAGGAUGAAAACUGGAGCCCUAGAGCUUUUGAUGGGCCAAGACAGCUGUUUCCCAAAUACAGUAAACCUUCUCAAGAUGGUCUUCUCUUUCAAGCAAAGGCAAUGUUUUAUCAUUAUUAUUAUUUUUUAAAAAGUACACAUCCUCAGUGAGUUUUUAAAUUGAAACGGUUGGACAGUUUUAAAUAAAUAAAGCACGUUUUGUAAGCUAA